GUAGCGGGAUGCGUCGUCUGUUGGAGUCAGUCUAAACAAGGCCAAAGUAGGUGUGCGGUAGAGUUGCUCUAAGCUAAACCACCUGGCUAUCUACAAAACGUGCCGGCAAACAAACAACAGCACAAAAAUACUUCGCCGAGAAGGAAGAAUCAGCCCAGGGCGGUUGGACGCGGAGAUGCCGAGACGAUGGACGCACGCACGCACGGAGUCACCACGAAACUAUCGACUUGUCCCCAGAUCCAGAGUAGCCACGACGGCACCGCCAUCCCGGACGGACGGCUAUAAAGACGAGCCCAACCUCGAAGCCGACGGCGAUGAAGAAGACCAGUUCGCAGCUCCGGCAGCUUAGCAGCAACCCUCUCCUGAUCCUCCUGUUCCUCACAGUCACAGCAGCAGCAGCAGCCAUGGCGGCCGAGCCGGAGAAGCAGGCAGCCCCCGCGGCGGUACAGGAGACGGCCGUGCACAUCGUGUACGUCGACCGCCCCGAGGACGCCGACCCCGAGGAGUUCCACCUCCGCACCCUCACCCCCGUCCUCGGCAGCGAGCAGAAGGCCAGGGACGCAGUGCUCUACCACUACAAGACGGCCGCCAGCGGCUUCUCCGCGAAGCUCACCCCCCAGCAGGUCGAGGAUCUCAAGGAGCAACCAGGUGUUCUCCAGGUUGUGCCGAGCCAGACUUACCAGCUCCAUGGUCCUGGUGGGUCUGGCGCUCGCCAGGGCACGACACGCACCAUGGGCCUUAUGUGAAGAAGACGGACGAGAAUCAGGAAGACUGUGUUUUAGUAUGGCUGUAUAGCACAGGUCUGAUAAAUGUGUAUAACUAUAAGAAUAAGGGACGUAUCGUCUACUGUAUACUGCUUUACACAUGUUCAGUCCUGUUCUAAAGCUUGUAAUGCACUGAUGCGUAUGAUUUCAAUAUAAUGACAAGUAUGCUAUCUUGGUUGCUGGU